ACUGUAUAACAUCUUUAUAUAGCGACGUUUCUUGCGCCGGUUCUUGCAACGACGGGGAUGGAUCUUGAACCUCCAGGUGAGUCAGUCAACGAAUUAUUUCCACCCGCACUAAUGACUGAAUCGUGUUGCAACUAGUAGCAAGUGACAGUAGCGGAGGCUGGGAGGCCAUGGCAGUUGCAGCCUGCGGCUAACAGUCCUUUUGCAUUCCAUACACAACCAUGGGAUCAACAGGAAGAGCUGGACAUGUGGAGGACCAGGUCCAUCGAAAAACUCCUGGAAGCCUGCCUGACGUUCGCCGGUUACCACCAUCCGACAGCGGGGGCAGGUGCCGGCAAGGUUGGCGCUGCGUUGGGAAACGCUGCUGACAAACUCCUCGUUGAAGUGCCUUCAUCGUCGUCGGCCGCUACUCCCCCAAUUGCGUCUACAAGUGCAGUGCCUCCCCCGGGUUUCACUGCGGACCAGUUUCUGAAAUGGCGAGAGGUGGAGGUGGUCGCUGGCGCGAAGGACGUCACGAAGCAGAAGGAGGUGGAUAUCGCUGUCGCGAAGGAAGUCACGAAGCAGUUUCAGCUCAGGUUGCAGCUGGCGAAAGGAAAUGAGAAAGCUUGUGCAGAUUGCCCAUCGACUCCGGGAGCUUGCUCCCCCAAGAUGCGGAUUAGAUGUGGAGCUAAACGCAUAUUUGGCAUGGGAGGUAAGCUCGAUCUGCUUUUCAUGACGGAACUCCUGAUCAACAAGGAGUAAACCUGCUCCUUGCAGAAUCCAAUGGUGUCCACAACCAAUAAAGCAACAUCCUUCGACUACACACUUGCGCAAGGACAAGCGGACCCACCUCUGCACCGACUCGGCGAGAGCUCAUGUGGUGUGAAGGAUUCCCUCAAAAUGCCCACGAAAUCGGCUACCAGGGGAUCCGCAUCCCGGGCUAAAAAAAGAAAAUUCUAGUG